AUGGAUAGUCAUUUGACGAAAACGCCGUACAAUAGUCUUUACGAGCCAUUGAAUAAUUAUUCGUCAAAAUCAGAGCAUAAAGUGUGUUGUCUGCAUGGAAAGCCGUGUUCAGCCGGCGGCAAAAGCAAUAAUCAUCAAGUCGAGAGCUCGGAGAGUGUGAAAAUCGACGAGAACCAAUAUGUGAAUUUGACGGCGCCGACGGCCGAACAGCAAAUGGCCGAGAGUCUCGCCAAGAAAUUGACAAAAUUGGCGAUUGAUGAGAGAUUGGUGAACAAGAAUAAGACGGAAUUUGAGAGCUUGGAGACGGUGAUGCGCGAGACGGACAAAAUUCGAAAUUGUCGGAAGACGGAGGCGAUCGAGGAUCGCGAGAACUAUGUGAACCUCAACAAGCGAUUCAGUUCGACGAGAAGCUCGCCGAUGCUCAACAAUCAUCCGAGCGAUCCGAUGAAGACGACGAUGAGCUCGCUUCCGACGGACUCGUCGUUCUCGCUGACCACCGGCGUCGCCAAAGAAUCGGAAUCGUCGCGAUCGUCGUCGAAGAAGAAGAUUUACAAAUCGUACGCGGCCGCGAUUUAUAUUGGAGCGCUGAGCCCGUCGGACGCCGAGAAGCAGGUCACCGAGCCGGCGACGUUUUGCCUUUAUCACGAGUACUACAAAGGAUCGCUGAACAAGCUCACCGAUGGUCUGCCGCUGAUAAUUGUGUACAAGGCGACGGAUGGCAGCUAUCGGCACUAUCCGGUUCGCACGACGCCCGGCGGCAACGGCGACGUUCAAUACUUUGUCGAUUACGGUGUGGCGAACGUGCGCAAACACUGGUCGCUCAAUCAGCUCGUCAAAUUCUAUCAGAUUCACGCGUCGCUUCAUCCGAACAAGAACGAAUCGGCCGACGUGUUCUCGUAUUGGAACGAAUGA